AUCCCCUUUUAUCAUGGGCUUACUUUCCACACCCUCCAGUUGUCUGAAAUUAGUGCAUUGAUUUCUAGGCAAUGGCUAACAAAUAGCCAUGCAUGUCAGCAAACACUGUUGGUACGUAAUUACAUGUUUCAGACUGGAAGUAAACCCCACUUCCUACUCUCUCACUGUACAGGAUGGUCUCAGUCCACUCUAUGUUGCCAGUCAAGAGGACACUCUGAUGUAGUGGACAUUCUGCUAGAGGCUGGUGCUGAUGUCCACCAGGCCACCACCAAGAGUGGUGAUGUUCCUCUGGGGGUAGCUGCCCAUAAUGGACAUACAGAGACAGUUCAGAGACUGUUGGAGGCAGGAGCCAACGUCAACCAGCAGAACAAGAAUGGCCAGACUCCAGUCUACUUUGCCUCCUGGAAGGGUCAUACAGCUGUAGUUAAACUGCUGAUAGAGAAUGGAGCUGACAUCAGUAUCUGUGAUGAGGAUGGUUUCAGUCCACUCUAUGUUGCCAGUCAUGAAGGACACUCUGAUGUAGUGGACAUUCUGCUAGAGGCUGGUGCUGAUGUCCACCAGGCCACCACCAAGAAUGGUGAUGUUCCUCUGGGGAUAGCUGCCCAGAAUGGACACACUGAGACAGUUCAGAGACUGUUGGAGGCAGGAGCCAACGUCAACCACCAGAACAAGGAUGGUGCCAGUCCACUCUAUGUUGCCAGUCAAGAGGGACACACUGAGGUGGUG